UGCAGAGCAAAGACAAUAGCGCACCAACUUAAUUCCAAUCGUCAGUUAUUCGUCAGUUUACGAGAGAAAUAAAUUUUCCGACUUGAUUUGCCGUGCUUCCAUCGACUUACCUUCAUCGCUACAAGCAUCCCCGAUCACGCAAUCGGGAGCUUUGAAGAUGGCAACCUCGCUCGCCGCUAGCAAUGGCAAGGUGGCCCUUGUGACCGGCAUCAAUGGCUACAUUGCUUCCGCCAUUGGAUUCGACUUACUCCGUAAAGGUUAUACGCUCCGAGGCACGUCCCGAUCUGCCAAGAGCGUCGAUGGACUUCUUCAAGGGGCAUACAAGCCAUUUGCGGAUGCCGGUCGUGUCCAGGCUAUCCAAGUCCCGGACAUGACUGUGCCUGGCGCUUUCGAUGAAGCCGUCAAAGGCACGCACCUCAUAUUCCACACGGCGUCGCCCAUCAAUUUCCGGGACUUGAAGACGUGGGACCACUUUGUGGGUCCGGCCGUGGCAGGUAUCACGGGGGUUCUGACCUCGGCUCUCGAGCAUGCUGGGCCCCAGCUUGAAACCCUUGUGAUCACAUCGUCUGUGGCCGCUAUUUCGGACCCGGCUGUCUAUGGGCCUACCCACUACUACACCGAAGCCGACUGGAACACCUCGGCCGAGCCCCAGGCCAAGGAGGCCAAGGCGCGUGGAGAAGAGACUCCGGUGGGUGUGCUCUACGCUGCGUCAAAAUCUGCAGCCGAGCGAGCCGUAUGGAAGUUUAGAGAUGAGAAAAAGCCACACUUCGCCCUCACGGCCGUCAACCCCGGCGUCGUCGUGGGUCCGCCUGUCCAGUUGCCUUCCUCUCCCUCGUCAUUGAACGAGACCCUUUUACCCGUCUGGUCCAUCUUCUCCGGCGAGGCAAAGACGAUCCCACCAAAAAUCGGCAGCGGAUCCUUUGUCGACGUCCGCGACGUCGCGACCAUCCACAUCUGGGCCGCCGAGCAUCCCGCUCAGAGCGCCGGCCAGCGCUUCCUCGCCGUCGCGGGCACAGCUCCUCCGCAAGCCAUUGCCGAUGCGCUGCGCGAAGCAUACCCGCAACGCACCGACAUUAUCCCCAAGGGCAACCCCGGAGCAGGCUACGUCUUGCCCGGCUGGCGCUUCCCCGAGGACGGCCCCAAGGUGUAUGGCACCAAGAUCAUAGACGCGAUUGGUGGUGGAUGGGACUAUAUUCCCUUUGACAAGUCGGUUCGUGAUACCGCCAAGGCAUUUGAGCAGUAUCUGUAAUCUGAUCCUGCGUAUUGAUGUUCGGGAAGGAGGAGGGCUUGUGGCUUUUGAGCUUUUGAGCUUUUGAGUGUCUGAGUGUUUGAGUAGUAGAGCAUUCGAGGCUUCAGAAUUUUGAGUUUGUGUUUGAGCUGAUCUGACCAAUAACCAAUAACCAAUAUGCCCAUGGGGUGCAU